AUGACCGAAGAAGAAGAACCCCCAUCCAGCGCUGACCACAACGACCCUGAAGCAAACCCCUCCCCGGUCCUACAAGCCUCCCUGGAAGGUAACCUCCCCCUCUUACAACACCUCCUCUCCCACGGCCACGACCCCAACCCGCCCGCAACAGGCUACUACGGCCGCACCCCACUCCAAGCCGCCUCGUUGACGGGGCAUCUCCCGGUCGUGGGCGCCCUCCUCGCCGCCGGCGCAGACGUCAACGCGCCGGGCGGGAACAACGGCGGGCUCACGGCACUGGCGCUCGCCGCGCGGGCGGGCCACGCAGCCGUUGUCGAGACGCUGCUCGCCCACGGCGCGGACGCGCACCUCCCUGCCGCGCGGUAUAUGGGGCGGACAGCGCUGCAGGCGGCGUGCGAGGGGGGCCAUGUAGGGAUUGUGAGGCGCUUGCUGGAGCUGGAUCAAGGCGGCGGAGAGGUCGACAUGGUCAACGCGCCUGCUGCGCGGAAUAGUGGACGCACUGCGCUGCAGGCGGCGGCGCAGGGCGGGUUUGGGGACGUGGUGGAGCUGCUGUUGGAGAGGGGCGCCGAGGUGAACAGGCCGCCGCUGGGGCGGUAUAAGGGGGUGACGGCGCUGCAGGCGGCUGCGUUGAGCGGCAGUGUCGAGGUUGUGGAACGGCUGAUUGCUGCUGGGGCCGAGGUGAAUGCCGAUGGGAGCUACUAUAAUGGGCAUACGGCGCUGUAUGCGGCGGCGGAGGGCGGGCAUGGGAGGAUGGUGGAGGUCUUGCUUGCCGCUGGGGCGGACGUGUUGCAGACAGCAGGGAAUAAGAGGCUGACUCCCUCGCAGGCGGCGAGCUUGAGAGGGCAUUCGGAGGUCUCGAGGCGUCUGAGAGAAGAGGAGCAAAGGAUAGGGCUGUGA